GCCGACGAUGCACCGGUACAUCAGCACCAAGGUGCUGCUGGCCGAGGGGCGCGAGACCCCCUUCGCCGAGCACUGCCGCAACUACGAGAGCACCUACCGGGCGCUGCAGCUGGAGAUCCAGGGCCUGAAGGACCAGGUGCAGGAGCUGCACCGCGACCUCACCAAGCACCACUCGCUCAUCAAGACGGAGAUCAUGAGCGAGAUCCUGCAGAAGUCCCUGCAGAUGGACGUGCAGAUCGCCGCUCACUACUCCGCUGUGGAGAUGAUGCGCAGCGUCUUCGAGGAGGUCUGGGAGGAGACGUACCAGCGGGUGGCAAACGAGCAGGAGAUCUACGAAGCCCAGCUCCACGACCUGCUGCAGCUGCGGCAGGAGAACAGCUGCCUGACCACCAUCACCAAGCAGAUCGCGCCCUACGUCCGCUCCAUCGCCAAGGUGAAGGAGCGGCUGCAACCCAGGCUGCAGGAGCCCCGGGAGCCCAAGGAGGAACAGGCACAGAUGCUGCUCAAGGUCUGCGACGACAGCGAAGCGGCACCAAGGGACACCUCGCCAGGCAGCAGGGAGGGGCCUCCGGCCAGCCCCGGGGAGGGCUGCACCCCCAGAGACCCCCCACCAAAAAGCAAAGAGUGCCGCAGGGGCCAGCCAAGCGGGGCCGAGAGCGCGGCCCAGCAGGAGCUGGCACCGUAGAGCCGCUCGGCGUCUGCAGCGCAUCAAAACCCUGCCUUGGGGUGACCCCGUUCCUCUGGAAAAAUAAUUGUACUCUCCCUCUGGUGUGUUAGAAGUGAAAUAAAAAGGGCACA